GUCAAGCUAGACCAAUGUUUUCCAAAACUUAAAAAUGAAAGAACCCCCAAAACCCUAAACCAUUUCCCAAAAAAAAAAAAAAAAACCCCAAAACUUCAAACAAGGAAAGAUGGCUACUUACAGUGGAGGCCGAUUCAAGCAGUUCUUGAAGAAAUACGGGAAAGUGGCACUCGGCGUUCAUUUCACGGUCUCCGGAGUUUCAAUCACCGGCCUUUACGUUGCCAUCAAGAACAACGUUGACGUUGAAUCUUUGUUCGACAAAUUACAUCUCCCAGGCUUUUCCAAUGAUCAAAAGAACCAAAAUCCACCACCACAAUCGACGGAAUCAGAUGGGUUUUUGAUUGAAGAACCGAUCGGGGAGAAAUCAACGGCGGUGGUCGGUGAGAAGCAGAGAAAUCGGACGGCUGAGCUUGCUGCUUCUACCGGUGGAGCCCUUGCAUUGGCUGUGCUUUGUAACAAGGCAUUGAUCCCUGUUAGGGUUCCGAUCACCGUCGCGCUUACGCCUCCGAUCGCAAGGUUUUUGGCUAAGAGGAGGAUAAUUAAGAAUAGUGUAUGAUUUUUUACAACGAAUUUGCAGUAAUUAUUUACUUGGAAAUCAUUAGAAUAGUACUGUGAUUCUUCUGUUGGUUGAUUCAUGAAUUUAUUGUUAUACUUGAAUCAUUUGAGAGCUAAUACUAUUUCGAUAAUAAGCUCAGAAAGGCAAAUGCAGACUUGAAUUGAAAAUACUAUUAGGAUUUGUGGCACAA